UGCAGAGUUUAAGACUUAAUUUGAUCCAAUUAAGAGUGAAUAGGUAUACAUUUCUAAACCAAUUACACAGCACAAAAUGAUCUCGGAAUAACUUCUGAUUUAUUACGGGCUCUGAAAUAAGUUGGUGCAUGUUUGCUGUUUGCCUUCUGGAAGCGAUCUGUGGGGAAUGCACAAUGGCUUCGUUUCAUGCUUCCAGCUCGGACAUCUCCUCAGUCAUCUGAGUCUAGGAGCUUGUUUGAUGCAUUCGGAGGCGUGCCGAGCCGAGCCGAACAGAGCCGAGCCGGGUCAGGCUUGGCUCCUUAUAUCUUCAUGUGAUCUCGAAGGGAGGUGUUUUAACUCGGUGAGGAGGAGAGGGGGGGGAAAUAGUUUGUCAAGAUCCAUCCCAGCAGCAGUUAGGAGCCGACCUUCUCCUCCACGGAGUUGCCGGCUCGUUGGGAUAUUUUCUCGUCCGUUGCGCGGCUCCCUCCGUCCGGAAAGUGACGAGCUGCAGAUCCGAUUAUGGGAGACGCUCAGUCUGCGCCACGGGAGGCCAAAAGCGAUGCAGCAGCAGCGGAGGAGGAGGAAGAGGAGGAGAGCGGGGAAGUGAAGGAUGUGGAAACCGGACAGGACAUCGACGACAAGGUUCUCAGAAACAACGGACAGAUCUCUGAUAUCAACAGAAAAGCAGAGCUGAAUGGUCACUGUGAGGAUGAGAUUGGCAUUGAAGCUGCCAUUUGUCCAGACAUAAGAGUUUCAGAGCCACCAAAAGAAGAAGAGACACCUUUAGAAAAUGAGGACAUUAAUCUGGAGAAAGUGACUGAAGAAACUGGAGAUGAACAGGUUGGACACGAUGAUCUGAUCGAAAUGGAUGCCAAGCAGAAUGACAUCAAUGAAAGUUUCAGGAAGUUUUUCAGCAACAUUGGCCUGAAACUGACAGUAAAGAGAGGCUCCACUGACAGAAGUCCAGUGCCAGUAGACGUGACGGAGGAGGAGCCGCACAAACCAGAAGAUGUUAAGGCUGAACAGCCAACGAAUGAAAUAACUGAGGAGGCUCAAGAAAGCACAGAUCUCAACACGGCAGAGGAGGCUGUGGAUUCAACAGUGUGCCAGACGCUGACAGAUGUUACACCUAAUGAUUUUCAGGAAAAAGAAGACGAGAAAACAACAGGAACCAAAGAGGAAAAUACAUCCCAUGAUGAGGGAACAUCUUCACCUCUCAGCGAGGAUGUUACAUCGCAAGAGGACCCACGUCCAGCAUCCCCAACUGGGCUUGACGAAAAUGCAAGUCCAUUUAAAAAGUUUUUUACAACUGGAAUCUUUUCCGGUCUGCGAAAGAAAAAGAAGCUUGAAGAUGAUGAAGUAGGACAGAAAGAAGAGGAAAAGGCGAUCCAGGAGCCAUGUGAACACCACCAUGAGGAAGACGUUGCUCCAAGUGAGAAAGAGCUGCAUGAAGAGAAAACUGAAGAGGAAAAGCCAAUCACCAAAUCAGCUACAGCACCAUCUAUUGUCGUAAAUGAAAUCACCAACUCUCAGGAAAUUGUUCAAGAAAGUCCCCUGAAAAGGCUUUUGUCAGGCUCUAGUUUCAAGAAACGCGGCAAAAAGCAAAAGGGCAGAAAAUCCAGUGACACAAAGCUCUCCGACUCUGGAGAACAUGUUUCAGAUCAGCUUCUGUCGUCAGCAGAGUCUGCAGACAGCAAGAAAGAGGAAACUCCUGCAGAGGUGGUGAGUGGGGAGGAUGGGGCUUGGUUUUCAUUCAAAAAGCUUGUAACUCCCCAACGGAGGAAGAAGUCAUCUGUGGACCAUGAAGAGGGGCCAAUUCCAGGUUCCAAAGAUGGACCGAAAUCAGCUGAAGCAGAGCAAAUAUCAGAUCACAGCACAGAGGAAGGGAAAAGGAGAAAAGAUUCGUCUGUGUCAUGGGAAGCUGUGUUGUGUGGAUCUGGAAGAAGAAGAAGCCGGAAAACAUCAGACUCUGAGGAUGAUAUGCCUCAAAAUAGUGAAGGUACUAAGCAAAAUGGUGGCUCUAAAGAACCACUGAUUGGAACGUCCAACGAGAUGCAGGAGAUUCUGGCGUCAUCCCCAAAACAGACAGGAAGUCCUCCUGAGGAAGACGAAAGCUCAACAUGGAGGUCGUUUAAAAAACUUGUCACUCCCAAAAAGAAAGUGAAGGAGGAAGAGGAAAGCACCAUCGAAGCUGGCCUAGAUGAUUCUGCCUUUUCCAUAAAGAAACUCCUGUCAGGAAGAAAAACAAGAAAGUCUGUUGAUGUUUCUGCUGAGGAGGUCAGUAAAGAGGUGGCAAGUAUCGAUGAUGAGGACUCCGAGACACCUGCUGUGGUUCCACUGUCUGAAUUUGAUUUACCUGAAACAGAACCAAUGGCAGAAAAAGAAAGUAAUAUAGCAAAAGAUGCAGAUGGUAAGCCUCAAAUGGAAACCAUUGAGGUCAAAGAGGAAGUCCAGAUACAGGACACUGCGCCCACUGAGCCAAAAGACAUCCCAAGUCAUGAAGGAGCUUUAGAAAAAGAGGCUUCAUCAGCCGCAACUACAAAUGAAGAACCAGACGAGCUCACAGACUCAAGCAAUCAUCAACAGCUCAGUGAUAUCCCAGAGGAAGGGAUCAUAACAGAGACCACCCCAGCCUCAGUGGCGGAGGAGGCAGCAAAAGAUGAAACAAUAGCAGAGGACCUGCUGGAGAUCACAUCUGAAGCCAUAACCGCUCCGGAGCCAGCAGACGUUACCUUGGGAGAUGACACGGAGAUGGUGUCCGCAGUUUCCCAGUUAUCAGAGUCUUCAAAAACAUCUGGUAACACAACACCUGUCCCAGCAGAGUACACCAUCAUGAACACAGAGUCCCUCCUGCAGCAGGUGUCUGAGACUAUCACCGCAAGCCCGAAGGCAGUUCCAGUGUGUUUGGAGGAACAGAGUCCUGAAAGAGCUGUUUGUUCAGUAUCACAUCAAAUACUUGAAUCGUCUGUAUUAGACCAGCCCAAAUUGCUGGAAGUACACAGAGGAUCAGAAGCAACAAGCAUAAAGACAGGCCUCAAUGCUGAAGGAAUUGAUGUAGUGAAUGAAGUCGCAGCAACAAUCUUAGCUGAGAGCAUCUCUCACCUUAGUGAGGCCAUUUCUACAGAAAUGGCUCCAGAAGUUCCUAAAGAGGAGCUUGACACUGCUGAGCCAGCUACAGAUGACGUCUGUGAGGUAAAUGUUUCAGAAUUACAAAACGACAUAAAAGAUUUGGAAAUUACACCAGAGAGGCAGCAUGUAGUUGAAGGUGCAGGGGAUGUAGUAGAAGCAGUGUCAAUAGAGAGUUUACCUGAAGGAGAAGAAGUUACAGCGACUGAAGAACUUAUUACUGGUCAAAUUGAAAAUAACAGAACAAAAACAGACUCCAAAGAAGAAUUAGUGGUAACAUCAGUAGAUGACAAAGAGGAAGUAGGUGAGAAGGAGGAAGAUCAAACUGUGACAGAAGAGGACACUGAAACCACAAAGCAAGCUCAAAAUGAGGUUAAACCUCCUGAUGCAGUGGAUGAGCUGGAAGAACAGGCAAGACAAGAAAAAGCUGAGGUGGCCAAAGAAGAGUAUGAUAUUCACUCACCUGAAGAAAGGUCCCCAGAGACAAUUCAAUUAACCGAAACACCCUCACAGGAUCUUAGUGAAGAAACCAAAGACAACAAAGAACCUCCAGUAGUGAAAGUUAAAACUGAACAAAGUGCUGUAACAGAAGUUGUAAAAGCUUCUGCAACAGAGUUGGUAGAGGAUCUGGUCCAAACACUCAACACAGAUGUAUCAGUUUCAGAAAAUAUUUUCAUAGCUGAAAUAGACACCGAUGAGUCGAAACCAGUAGAGUCACUACCUAAAGUGACAGAAGAGACAGAAAAGAAAGAGCCACAAAAUGAUCAGUCUGAGGUUACAGUAGAAUUAGAAAGUGUUCAAGCACCAAUGUUAGAGUCACAGGAAGAUGCAGCAAAAUCCCUUAAUAAGGAAGCACCAGUGGCAGAUGAUAUGGCAACUGAAAGAGAUGCAGAAGAAUCCAAGCAGGUAGAGUCUCUGAUUGAUGUAACUGAGGAGGUGGAGAGGAACGAGACAGAAACGGCAGCUGCACAAACUGAUAGCCCCAAAGCUACAGAAGUAUUAGAAAGUGCACAAGCUCCAACAACAGAGUCUGAGGAAGAAGCUGUCCAGUCCCUUCAAAAAGAAGUGUCAUCAUUGCCAGACCUUUCGCCAGCUGAAGAAGAAGAACCCAAACAAGUAGAGUCUCUCACUAAAGUCACUGAUGAGCAAGAAGACAAAGAGGUCAAAAUGGAUGUAACUCAAACUGACAAUGCUGAACUCAAAGAAGAAUUGAAAUCUGUAGAAACACGAACAGUAACAUCUGAAGAGGAUCUAGUUCAGACCCUUAAUAAAGAGGCUGAAGCAGACAUACAGGAUGAAAAACAAGAGGAAAGUGAUAAACCAGAAGACAAGGAGCCACAAACAGAUGCAGCUCAAAUCAAAGACAAAUUGAUAUGUCCAGAAGCACCAAUAUUGACUUCAAAAGAAGAUACAGUUCAGUCCAUUAAUCAGUCAGUGCUGUUGUCAGAAAACAUUUCAUCCACUGUAACAAAUACAGAAGAACUUGAAUUGGUAAAGUCUCUCUCUGAAGAAAAUGAAGAACAAGCUGACAAAGAGAGACAAAAAACAAUUCCUACACUGGAGUCUUCUGAUGCUACACAAGUUUCUGAUGUUAAAGGAGCCACUGACGUUGCACAAGAACCCACAGACAAUGUUCAAGAAGACAUACAGGCGUCAGAAGAAAGCAGAGUGGAGGUUCUAGAAAAAGAUGCAAUGCCUACUGAUACCAUACCAAAAGCAGAAACAGUUGAAGAAAAGCCAAAAGAGGAACCUGAAUGUUUGAUUCAAGGAACCAUUCAAGUGGAGGAUGCUCCUGAAACAGAGAAUGCUCAGGAACCAGAAGCUGCUGCAGUUCCACCAGAUGCAGUAGCAAUUAGCUCUGUACCAUCUGAUGUGGAAGUGAUACAUGACACUUCAGCAUUGGAAACCAUCACAAAAGAACUAAUUAUUACAGAGUCAAAAGAACCUCCAUCUGUGGAACUAGAAGGUUCGCCUCCUAGUCCACAAGAUAUUGCCUCAGAUUUAGAGACGUGCAAAUCAAUAACUGCACCAAGUGAUGAAGAAAGUAAAACUCAGGAACCUGAAACGCAAACAUUACUUCAAGAUGUUCCACAGCCAGAAGACAUUGCUCCGGAAAAACCAGAGGGGAAAGAUGUACUGCAGCUGGAUCAGGAAAUUGAUACGAAACCAUGCGAUGCUAAGGUUGAGCGUGAAGAAAAUGUUCUUGAGAAUGUGGAGGAGUUACCAGCACUGACAGCAGUUAACGUAUCCUCAAUUAAUGAGGAGGCAAGGACUGCCAAAGUCCUAGAAAGAACAACAUGUCCUGAGGAAACCAAGCCAGUUUGUAUAGACCUGGUUGAAGUUUCAGAAGAACCUAAAAGUGAAGUGAAUCUCUGUGAGCAGCAGGAGAUGGUAGAGGGGGAUAAAAUGGGCCUACUUUCAGCUGCUGAGAUAAAGGUGGCUGCAACUGAUUACACCGUCAUAUCACAGGAAGUUAUGAGUAAUUUAAAAGACGUUCCAAGUGAGAGACCUAAGGUUGUGGUUCAAGAGGUUUUGAUGAGUAAAAUGGCCAGUGAGAUAGAAAUAAAUGAUACAGUAGAGACUGCAACCCCUUUAGUGCUAGAUGACAUUAAUCAGGCAGCAGAGCCGAGCAUUGCUGUUGUGACAAUGCGUGUGCCGCCUGUGGAGAUCGAGGUGAAUCACAAAGUCCAGGUGCACCUGAUGGAUGUGGAUAUCAGAUCAGCGCAGAACGCCGUUGACACUGUGAUCCAAGUAGGCAUUACAGAAGAUAAGGAAGUCAUUGAUGUGUGCCACGAAAGCAUUCAGAAAGUAGACAACCUCUCAGCCACUGCAGGAGUUGAAGAAGAAACUACUAUUGAAGAAAUCCAGGUGACAGUUCAAGACGUUAUGCAGCAUGUGACGAGUAACUUACUGGAAACGCCAUCCAAGAUGGCCACUCAACAUGUAGAACAAGUCAUUGAUGAGUCAGAAAGUAUGAUAGAAAUAUGUGAGACACACCAAAAGGAAUCAGUUGAGACGGAAGAUGAGAAGGUGAUCAAUGACGGCUCUGAGAUGGCCGUCAAAAGACAAGAGGAGGAUGCCACUGUCAUCACUGAGAACUCUGGAAUACCGGCUGAGCAAGAAGGCCUUGAAGAAUCCGAGGUACCUUUAAUUAUUCCACAAGGCCCAGACAUCUCCAUCGAGGAUCACAAAGAGGAUUUGAAGGAAGCAAAACCUGACAAGCCAGAAGUAUGCACCGCAGCAAGAGAUGCAAGAACAGAGGAAUUAGCUGGAAAGGGUCCAAAUGAAACCACCAUGGAACCUCUGGCAAGUACGCAAAGACAGCUCGCUACACCUGGCAAUGCUGGAUUAGCAGUCCCUCAAAACACUGGAGUAAUCUCAUCAGUAGGCAACCUGGAGUCCCCUUCUAGCCUGUCUCUAGAGUUCAAACUGAACAUACAGUUUGCUCAAGCCAAAGCCUCAACAUGGCCCUCUGCUGCACCUAUAGAGAGAAUUGAACCCGUGAAGCAGGUGGAUGUUUCUGAAGCUGGAGUUCAGGCAGAGGAGUCAGCAGAGUCUGUACGUCAAAGAGAUGAAAGCAAGAAACAGACGGAGCUGAAUGAGGUUGCAGUGCAGGCAACCAGUAUCACAGAACCAGAAGUGGACUCACAUUUAAUCCAAAGGGCUGUGAUUGGAAGUCAGCCAGUGCUACUGGAUGUGGGCAUCCAAGCAGUGGAAACAAUAGAGCCGUUGGAACAAAUCCAAUCUACUGAAAGAGUCAUCGCAGAGGUUCAGACAGUGGAGGUUUGCCAACCAGCAAGACAAGAGAAGAGAGCAGUGCUCCUGAGAAAGCCUCUGCUCUCCGAGGUGAAAAAGGGUUGGGCUUUCAGACAAUCAGAGGACGAAAACGAUCAAGAUGUUUGGCUGGACGCAGAGGAGGACAUCUAUCCACAGCAGGACAUGCAAACAUCCACAGAAAAGGUGGAUGAACGUGUCAAGCAGCAGAGUGAAAGUGAAGAAAAGGAUGAAACAGAGCCUGAGCUGAAGUUUGAGAUGGCAUACAGCCUGGAGGCUGAGGACACAGAAAGUCAACGAGACGCGCUGAGAAAAGAAACGAGUGAAAUGGAAAGUGAAGGGGAGGAUUUCACUGUUGCACUCGAGGACCUGGGAACCAGUGUCUCUGCAGUGGAAUGAAGCUAACACAUCCCGACUCUGGGGUUAAUGACAGGUUGGACAAUCAUAACAAAGGACGAACGCUCCGAAAAGCCAUUGCAGUGUUUCCUGUGACAUCAAGUUAAUCCAGUAAUAUUCCCAUAUUUAGUGGUGAAACCAUUCUUGAUUUUGAACAUUAAUUAUGACGGAG